UUUACUUAAUUCCUACAAAACAAACAAACGAACAUCAAUCUCUCGCCGUCGUGUUGUUUACAUAUCUAUCGCCACCGCUUACAGCCGUCUCCUCCGCAAUCUUCAUAAGCAAAUCAACCCUCAUCGCCUGGUGCUUCUGAAACAAUGGGAAAGAGGAAAUCAAGAGCAAAGCCUGCUCCAACGAAGAGAAUGGAUAAGCUUGACACAAUCUUUAGUUGUCCUUUCUGCAAUCACGGGUCCAGUGUCGAAUGCAAUAUUGAUAUGAAGCAUCUGAUUGGUGUCGCAACUUGUAGAAUCUGUGAAGAAAGCUUUAGUACUACUAUCACAGCUUUGACUGAAGCUAUAGACAUUUAUAGCGAAUGGAUCGAUGAGUGCGAGAGGGUUAAUACUGCAGAAGAUGAUGUCGGGCAAGAAGAAGAAGAGGAAGUAGAAGAAGAAGAAGAGGAGGAAGAGGAAGAAGAGGAUGAUGAAGAUGACCGUGUCGCUGUCAAAAGGAAGUAUAACUUCUGAGACGAGUCUUUAAUCGAAAACCAUGUACUGUAAGUCGUUUUAGAGUUGUCUGCCUUAUGUUGUAAUAUCUAUCUGAGGACUUCACUAAGAACAAACUUUUGUGGUUUCUCAGCGUCUGAUAGAGAAACAUAACAAAAUAACAGUGUAUCAUGAUGGUUUGUAAGUGGAUUAAGGCUUUGCUUAAUUGGUUCCAAUCAAUACAUAUAUUACAACCAAA